AUGUCCUCCGACACACAACUUAGUCAUAACGGGACAUACCGAGGACCGCCCGAGGACCGCCCGAGGACCGCCCGAGGACCGACCGAGGACCGCCCGAGGACCGACCGAGGACCGCCCGAGGACCGCCCGAGGACUGUCCGAGGACUGUCCGAGGAGAUACCAAGGACCGCCCGAGGACAGCCCGAGGACCGCCCGAGGACCGCCCGAGGAGAUACCAAGGACCGUCCGAGGAGAUACCAAGGACCGCCCGAGGACAGCCCGAGGACCGCCCGAGGACCGCCCGAGGACCGCCCGAGGACUGUCCGAGGACUGUCCGAGGAGAUACCAAGGACCGUCCGAGGAGAUACCAAGGACCGUCCGAGGACCGCCCGAGGAUCGCCCGAGGACCGUCCGAGGACCGCCCGAGGACCGCCCGAGGACCGUCCGAGGAUCGCCCGAGGACCGUCCGAGGACCGCCCGAGGACUGUCCGAGGAGAUACCAAGGACCGCCCGAGGACCGCCCGAGGACCGCCCGAGGGCAGCCCGAGGAAAGCCCGAGGAAAGCCCGAGGACAGCCCGAGGACCGCCCGAGGACAGCCCGAGGAAAGCCCGAGGACCGCCCGAGGACAGCCCGAGGACCGCCCGAGGAGAUACCAAGGACCGCCCGAGGACCACCCGAGGACCGCAGAGGACCGUCCGACCUAA